AUGGGUGUCAAUGCUAUCAUCAUCGGCGCCGGGCUUUCAGGCAUUGCCAUGGCUCACAAACUCAAACAUGAGAUUGGUUUCGAAGAUUUCACGAUAUAUGAGAAGUUGGAUGGCAUUAGAUGGACUGGCUGUGACGUCCACUCCCAGCUUUGUUCCUUCAGCUUCAAUCUCAAUCCAAACUGGUCCAAGGAGCUUGCCGAACAAGGGGAGAUACUGCAAUACAUCGAAGACACUGUCGACAAAUUCCAUCUCAGACCACAUAUCAAUACAUUCGUGGAGUGUGUCGGCGCGGCCUGGGACUCCGAAUCAGCGCAGUGGAUUGUGCAGAUGAAAGACCUCAAGACAGGUAUCAACUUUACUCGACGGUCUACAAGAUUCGUCAGCGCAGUGGGAGGCAUCUCUUUUCCACGCGACGUCCAUUUCGAGGGAAUGGAGGAUUUCAAGGGACCCAUGUUCCACACUGCACGGUGGCGCCACGACGUUGACUACACUGGCAAACGUGUGUAUGCUCGUAGUCCUCAGUGGUAUCACGAGCGGCCAAAUCACCAGUCCAGCCCUCUGGAGAAGGCCGCGUUCCGCUAUCUUCCCAUAUUGAUGCGACUACGGAGAUGGAACAUCUUUUGGAGCAUCGACAAGCAAUCUUAUGCCUAUCGAGGAACCGAAGACGGCACCAAGCAGAGACUGAAGGAGGCACAGCAUGCGAGGAACUACAUUUACAAGAAGGCCCCCGAGAAGUAUCACGAUAUUUUAGUCCCCGACUUCGAGUAG